AUGGCUCCAUCACCUCGCAGAAGGCUCGUCGGCCUCUCGACCAAGAUGUACUUUUCCCUCAAGCGCACCCGCGAGUACACCGACGAGAUGAUCGAGGGUCUCAAGACCAUCCCCGCUGAAGAGCUGUCGACCGUCGAUGUGUUCCUCAUCCCCGACUUUGUGAGCGUAGUACCGACGGGCCAGCAGCUCCGAGAGGCCGGUUCCGCCGUGUGGCUGGGCAGCCAGGAUGCACACUGGGAGGACGGCGGUGCCUUUACGGGCGAGGUGAGCCCCUCAGUGCUGCGCGAGGCCGGCGUGCGCAUCGUCGAGGUGGGCCACGCCGAGCGCCGCCGCAUCUUUGGCGAGGACGACGAGGUGACGGCGAAGAAGGCUGCUGCCGUGGCCCGCAACGGCAUGGUGCCCCUCGUCUGUAUUGGCGAGAAGACGAGGGGUGACUUUUCCGUUGCCGUUGACGAGUGCCAGGUCCAGGUUGACGCCGUCAUGGCUGCGUGCCCCGAUGAUGCAGACGUCGUCCUCGCCUAUGAGCCCGUCUGGGCAAUCGGUGCGUCACACCCGGCCGGAGAGGAGCACGUCCUUGCUGUUGCCGAGGGCAUCAAGAAGCUCGACUCGGUACGGAAUAGAAAGGGUCCCACUCGCGUCGUCUACGGCGGAAGCGCCGGGCCUGGUCUUUUUGACCGUCUCAAGACGGGUGUCGAUGGUCUGUUCCUCGGUCGCUUCGGACACGACGUUGAUCAAUUUGUCAAGACUGUGAAGGAAGUCAUCGAAUCAUGA